UGAUAGCAAACAUUUCGCAUGACGUCACAGCAAUUUUCUUCAUUCUUGAGCAAUACAGUGAAGUAUAGGUGGUGCAUUGAACAUUGCAGUGCAGCCUACAUCAUCACAAAAAACUCAAAACAAUAAUGAAAGUCGGGCUUGCAACUUUGAUUGUCGCCGUAACGUACGUAUGGAUAGCUGAAAGUGCCCCGCCGACAUGUUACUCUAGAGUGUUAGGGCUAAGUAAGGAAAUAAUGGAUACAUUACACAAAUUACAUAAACAUCACCGCACGAAGGACUGCGCUGAGGUGCUGCCAAAGCUGUUUAUAGACGUGCACGAUUCCUGCGUCAUGCCUAAACUCAGAGACUUUCUUUAUGUCGUGGAGAACCUACCUACACCUCAAUGCAGAGCGCGUCCUAGAGUGACUGUUCUGCAGCGCAAAGUCCGAAACUUAUAUACAAUCAUCAACAGAGUUUGCUACCGUGAUCUCGUGUAUUUCACCGAUGACUGUGAGGCCAUAGAGACAGGACACAGCAGUCCACGAUACGGAGAGGACAGACUUCAAUUGUUAGAAGAGAACUGAGAAAACAUACUUCCGUGCUGACGGAGUUUUUAAACUUUUAUAUUGUAUCUAGGCCUAAAACACAAAACUAGACUAAAAUAGAUUUAGGUUAGCUGAAAUAAAACCCAAAUAUUCGUUGAUGGUUUAUUCCCCUAGGUAGAGAAAACUUUCCACAGGAAAUGCUCAGAAUGCCAGCCAUUCCAAUGAAAACCUUCAAAUAAUAAACCAUAGCAUAAUAUUUGCUUCCGUCUCAGCGCCGAAUUUACACACACACGCGCGCACACACACACACACA